AUGUUCUGUCGUACAUACUCGAGCGGUGUCUAUGUCGGUCCAGAGCAGAGUUUAACAGAUCAGUGGCCUAUUUCUCCUCUACUCAUCCGAUCCUGCACUCUAAUGCUCUCUGCUUUCUGCUCUGCUCUGUGUUAUAUGUUAUGUUACCACGGGUUUAAAUAUAGUCCCGCUGGUUUAGUGUCGAGCAGCGGAUAUGCUCGCACUACGUUAACGCGAGGACUGAUAAAUUCUCCGCAACAUUUAUCACCAUCCGAUGGAACCGCAGUUACAAAUUUAAUUAGUCGCGCAGUGCUGGAUUUUAUUAAUCCGUCUGUAUUCUCGGUGAUCUAUUAUUACUCUUUAUAA